UAAUAAUGGCGGCGUCGGAGGGGUGUAUAAAACUUGUAUUUGUUGUAUUCAUAUCUUUAACGCAAAUUUCUUUUCAUUGUAUUUAUGGAUCUACCAGAGGAGCUGUUGGGCUUGACAGUCUAACCUUCGAUAAGAUUAUUAAGAACCAUAGAGCUGUUUUAGUGAAGUUUGACAAGCAGUAUGCCUAUGGUGACAAAGAGGAUGUUUUUAAAGAAUUUUGCAAAAAAGCAGCAUCUCAACCUCAAUUACUAGUUGCUGAGGUUGGAAUUUCUGAAUAUGGUGAUAAAGAGAAUAGUGACCUAAAGGAAAGAUUUCAGUUAAAGAAGGAAGACUUCCCAUACUAUAUGCUGUUUCUACAGGAUUCUGUAGAUCCCAUACACUAUAAAGGAGAAAUCAAUGGGAAUGAUUUGAUAGCGUUUGUGUCAAAACAAGCUGGCCUUUGGAUUGGUUUGCCAGGGUGUGUCGAGUUGUUUGACAAUUUUGCAAGAGAUUUUUUCAAAGAGGAGUCUCAACAGUCUGGAGUUAUUAAAGAAGCUGAGGAUGUUUUGAGYACCAUAACAGACCCAAAACAAAAGACAGCAGGGGACUUGUACAUCAAGAUCAUGAAAAAGGUCAAAGAAAAAGGAGUAGAAUUUAUCGACAUUGAGAUCCAACGCGUCAAUAAACUCUUGAAGGACAAAAUAACCGUGAAGAAACGCAAACUAUUUCAAAGUCGUCUAGACAUUUUGACGUCUUUUCAACAUCUGUCGGUGCGCGAAAAAGUAGAAUUAUGAAUUUGUUUUGUUUUGAGGUCCAUGAAUAAUGUAAACAACGUUGCGAUAUAUUAAUCUUCUUCA